AUGCAAAGCGUUUUGCUGUGGUUCGCAGUUUUGGCAUGUUGCUUCGCGAAGUUCAUUGAGUUAUCGUCAGUGGAAGAGAUUUUGAACUCUCCAUACACUUUGUUGUAUUUCUACACUCCAGAUUGCAAGUACUGUAACAAUUUCAACCCAGACUUUGUUUACUUGCAUGAUCUAUACCAGCAUAAUAAUGAGCUCACAUUUGCCAAGGUGGAUGCACGAGAUAACGGCCAGCUAACGGACUUAUUUGGAGUGAACAGUUACCCUACAAUCAAACUCUACGACACUUUUUCGAAAAAGGUUGCACAUUUUCAAGAAAAGAGAACUUUAGAGAAUUUGGAGAGAUUCAUAACAGAGUUUUCAUCAGCGCUACCAGAUAGAUCCAAUGUACAGCUACAAUCACACACAUUGACCUCCCUAGCUGAGCUUGAUUCUCUAAUCCUUCAAGAGGAAAGGAUUGUUUUGGCCUUCCCAUUUUUCCAAGAGUUAGCUAAUAAUGACACUGAAACUGCAUUUGCUUUGGUCUUUGCUGAUGAAACUGGGAGUGACAUCUUGCAGAGAUACCAGGUGAGUAACUUUCCAUCCUUGAUGAUGAUAUCAAGCGAGGGUAUAAAGACGUUUAAUACCUUUUCCACGAACUCCAUGACAAACAACAAUCUAAACGAAGAAGAUUUGGCUUUAUUCUUGAAGCUGUCUGACGACUUGCUGGGUUGUUUUCUAUUUAAGGAUACCGAGGAGCUCAUAAAUUAUAGCACGUCUCGUGAGUAUGAAGGCCAUCGACAUGUCAAACCAGGAAUGAAUGUCGGAGUUGGCAAAUCUCUGGAACAGAGCGACAUAGACAGCGAGUAUGCUGAACUUGUGCGCCAUUUAGAACUUUGA